AUGGUUACACAUGUUCUAUUCGCAAUCCUCGUCGCUCUUCCAGUGGUCCGCGCGGGCGGCUGGGACGACUUUUCGAACAAUCUCGCGACCGAUCUCGCGCCGUUUCUAUCCCUUUUUGGUGAACAGAUCACGAAACAGUACCUCAGUGAGAGCGUACGACCAAUCGACUAUUUUAUUUUCGCAAUGGCGCCAAUGGGUAUCCUCACCGGAGUCGUCUCUACGAUUCGCGUGUGUGGGACCCCAUCGCUACGCGCCUUUAUCGGCAGAGCGCAAGAAGGAGCAGGCAACGCAGAGGCAGAGUUAUGCACCUCGACAAGUCGUGAUGUGUGCGAGCUCUACAACAGUGGGGGCAUUGCGCGCGUCUUCGGCCGUCCAAAGAUUCUAGAGGUUGUCCACGACCCGGAUCAUGAUUUCAGCGAUGCGAACGAUCACACAGCGGGUAUCUACACAUUUCAGGAGUUCAUCAAGCGGGAAAAGGGCAAGGAGCUAUGGAAAAAGGAAGAACCUGGGAACGGAAUGGCGCUGUGGCCAUGGAAAGGGCGAAAGAAGGACACUGAAUCUGCUGAGUCGAACACACCCUUUACGACCUAUGCUCCGAAUCUCUCUCUUAACAUUGGAAUCAAGAAGCAACCAAAGCAAGUCUUUGUCGCAAUUGCUAUUGUUGGCCUUAUUCUACAAGUUGGUGUUUUAGUUUUCGCGGGAGUGGCGACAUACUACCUGGAAUGGGGCAACAACGACAACCCCCCCAGAGUUUUAUGCAUGUCCGCUAGCGAGAGCACUAAGGAAGAGGUCUGGUGCCGGCAAGAGGAUAGCAAGGACAGAUCAUCUAUAUAUUGGAUACAGCCCGGCGGUCAAAUCAUUGGAGAUCAAACAUUUGACCCCUUCUCUCAUACAGACUGUGAUAACAAGCUAAAGAAGUACAUGGCUUCGAAGAGAAAUAACGGGCUCCAACAACCGAAGCUUCAAGUGUGGGUAGCUGUUGGAAUCACACUCUCUGGUUUUAUCUUACAGUUCACCGGGCUUCGGGGUAUACAUUCGGCAGUCUCGGUCGCCCAAUUAGGUGUCAUUAUGCUCAUGAGUAUAGCACGAGCUGCACUCCGUAUGAAGCGGCUAAAGUCUGGUGACAACUGCUUUGCGACAUUUCCCGAUGAGGUUCUUGGCCACGAACUUGAUUGGCUCGCCUUGCGUCUUGGCCGUGAUGCUAUUGAAAAGGAAAUAAAAAGGCAACCUGAUUCAUCUUCACCGGGGUCUUUGUCUUUCAGCACGUCAGUGAAAAGAUCAUCUACCCCGGCAAGCACUAAUGAAGCUCGUCACUUCUGGAGGUUCAGUGGUGCACCUAAUACGAACAAGAUGAGCCUCAAGCGUCCAUCUCCAAACUACACCCAGAAUGCUGCCGCAAUAGUGUUGGCGUAUCGCACUCGACUUGCAUCACUGACUGAUUCAUCCACUCCAUCCACCGCGCCCGCGAGGAAUUUCAAAGACGAAAUGGUCGAGGUCCGAAACCUGAGUCGGCGCCUGGCUGCUUUGAUUGAGGCUGCCAUGAAAACAAUUGCCUCUAAGGCCGAGCUCAAGGGUGAGGUCAGGGCAGCGUGGAAGCCCAAGGCUCAGAGAGAGACUACAGAAUCCCCACCGAUGUUCUGGGGCAUCAAUUGUACUAUCGGCGAAAGGGGAAACGACACAAUAAAGAUGCACACGGUUUACCUGAAGUUCAUUCAAGAUCACGAAGCCCCAGGGAGCCCCUGGAUACUCCAAAACAAAUUUGAGCUAGAAGGGAUUCUCGGUCUUUGGGUUUGGUCAUUGAAGUUUGACCCAACUGAAAUUCGAGACUCGGAGCCUGGCUUUCGGAAGUCCAUGGCUAUUGAUGUCCAGCCACGCCGGAUUGUCCCAACCGACAAAUCUAUUAGAACGGACUUGGAGAUGUGGCUGGGUGACGACAUGAACAUUAUUACCCACCGAGAAUAUGCUAGGGAGGCCAAAUUCGCUGACCCUGGAGACGCGAGUACUAUAUGGAUAAGGGCGGGCCAGCAGGAUACGGCAACCAGCAGCAAAUCUCCGUCACCGUCAACCACGCAGCCUAUUCCACGAAAGGUUCGUUUCUUUGGCAGGAGUGCUAUACCGCGGUCACAGAGUCAAUACCCCCAGAUUUCCAGCUUUUCAUCCGCCGCAAUUCAAGGUUCGCUUGUGUCAGCGUGUGCACAGGAAGUUUUUGCAUCCUUUUUCGCGAGUAUUCUUGAGAUUGUGGAUGACAUCGGGCCAGUUGAUAUUCAAGAAGCUGAAACACUUAGACUCGAGAACGGUCUAGUGGCUGAGAUUGUUAGACUGUUCACAGAGAUGCGAUUAGGCUCAAGACAGGAAGCUUUACUUUGUGUUAUCCCUUCAGUGAUACCUCACCUUAACGUGCCCUCUGCAUCAAAAGUCUUGGCAGCAGCAAAGAAAAUCGCAAAUCAGAAACGAAAAGACAAGGAGUGGGAAAGAGCAGAAACCGUGCUUCGAUGGGCAUGGAGAAUUUGCAUGAAUUCUCAACAUUCGUGUACCACUGCGACAGAAACAAACGGAGAGCACGAACUUGCAAAGGAUGCGACAGUCUCUCUAUGCGAGCUAUACCGGUGGGCCUUACUGAACGAGACCACAAGGUCGUUUGGUCAAAAUGGACUAUCCUUGCUCGAGAAACAGAAGGCCAACAGAUCGGUCUCUGCGUGCAAAUCUACGUGUGAGGUCAUUGAUCGGUAUAUUGCCGUUAAAAAUGAAGUUCCACUGCGUGAAUUCACUGACGCUGACCUUCUCGCCGCGAUGGAGGAGGCCAACUUGCUCACAGCACUGGUUAUUCUCACCCACCCACCAUCCAAGAUGGAAAACAAAACGAAAGGUCAAGCUCUUUGCGUGGCGGCGAUGUUUGGAUGGGCCGAGGUGGUUCUUGCGUUGCUCGAAUUAAAUGGCGAGCCGGAUUUUCAAGACGAAGACAGGAGAACACCAUUGUCCUACGCGGCACAAAAUGGGAGGGUCGGCGUCGUGAAAGAAUUAUCAGACUGGGGUAUCUUCCCAAACUCAGAAGAUAAUUACCACCUAACACCGUUGUUAUAUGCGUCAGAAGCAGGUUUUGAUGAAGUAGUUGCACUCCUGUUAAGAGACAUACGUGUGCUUCCAGACCAAAGGGACAGAUGGCAACGAACCCCGCUAUUACACGCGGCGGAGGGCGGGCAUGAAGCCGUUGUCAACCGACUUCUCGAGACCGGCAAGGUCGACCCGGACACGGAGGACAAUGAUAGGCGGACGCCCCUAUCGUACGCGGCGGCGGGCGGGCAUGAAGCCGUUGUUAAACGGCUGUUCGACACCGGUAAGGUCGACCUGGACACAAAGGAUCGAGAUGGGCGGACGCCGCUAUCGCAUGGGGCGGCGCGCGGGCAUGAAGCUAUUAUCAACCGACUGCUCGAGACCGGCAAGGUCGACCCGGACGCGGAGGACAAUGAUAGGCGGACGCCGCUAUCGCACGCGGCGGCGGGCGGGCAUGAAGCCAUUGUCACACGCCUUCUCGAUGCCGGGGCCGACCUAGGCACGAAGGAUCGAGAUGGGCGGACGCCGCUAUCGCAUGGGGCGGCGCGCGGGCAUGAAGCCGUUGUCAACCGCCUUCUCGAUGCCAGGGCCGACCCGGACGCGGAGGACAAUGAUAGGCGGACGCCGCUAUCGCACGCGGCGGCGGGCGGGCAUGAAGCCAUUGUCACACGCCUUCUCGAUGCCGGGGCCGACCCAGGCACGAAGGAUCGAUAUGGGCGGACGCCGCUAACGCACACGGCAGCGCGCGGGCAUGAAGCCGUUGUCAAACGCCUUCUCGACGCCGGGGCCGACCCGAACGCGAAGGAUGGUGAUGAGCGGAUGCCGCUAUCGCAUGCGGCGGGGCGCGGGCAUGGAGCCGUUGUCACACGCCUUCUCGAUGCCGGGGCCGACCUAGGCACGAAGGAUCGAGAUGGGCGGACGCCGCUAUCGCAUGGGGCGGCGCGCGGGCAUGAAGCUAUUAUCAAACGGCUUCUCGACGCCGGGGCCAACCCGGACGCGGAGUCUAGAUAUAGGUGGACGCCGCUAACAUACGCGGCGGCGCGGGGGCAUGAAGCCGUUGUCAAGCGCCUUCUCGACGCCGGGGCCGACCCGGACACGAAGGAUAGAGAUGGGCGGACACCGCUAUCGUAUGCGGCGGGAGGCGGGCAUGAAGCCGUUAUCCAACGGCUUCUCGACACCGGUAACGUCGACCCGGACGCGGUGGGUGGAUUAAGGCAGACGCUGCUACCGCAAGCGGCGGCGGCUGGGUAUGAAGACGAGAUAGAAGGGCUUAUUAGGCUCGGUAGGAUUAACCGGGACGAGGUAGGUGGAUUUAGGCGGACGCCUCUAUCGCACGCGGCGGAGGGUGGGCAUGAAGCCAUUGUUAAACGGCUUCUCGACACCGGCAAGGUUGACCCGAACGCGAAAGAUGGUGAUAGGCGGACGCCGCUAACGUACGCGGCGGCGCACGGGCAUGAAGCCGUUGUCAAACGGCUUCUCGACACCGGCAAGGUCGACCCGAAUGCGGAGGAUGGUGAUAGGUGGACGCCGCUAACUUACGCGGCGGUGCGCGGGAAUCAAGUUAUUGCCAAACGGCUUCUCGACACCGGCAAGGUCGACCCGGACGCGAGGGAUAUGUCUGGGCGGACGCUGCUGUCGGAAGUGACAAUACGGCGGAAUAAAAGCAUCAUGGACCUAAUGUAG